AUGUGUGGUAGCUACUGUGGAAACUACUAUGGCGGCUGUGGCUAUGGAAGCUGUGGCUAUGGAAGCUGUGGCGGUCUGGGCUACGGCUAUGGAGGCCUAGGUUAUGGCUAUGGAGGCCUGGGCUGUGGUUAUGGAGGCCUGGGCUAUGGCUAUGGCUGUGGCAUCCGCAGACUGGGCUGUGGCUAUGGCUGUGGCAUCCACAGACUGGGCUGUGGCUAUGGCUGUGGCUAUGGAUACGGCUCCCGCUCUCUCUGUGGCUGUGGUUAUGGAUGUGGCUCUGGCUGCGGCUCUGGCUUUGGAUACUACUAA